GUGUGGCCGGACAUGAAAUUUGGCUGGAGAAUUGUGGUGGGUACAAUAAUUGGAUUCUUUGGAGCAGCAUUUGGGAGUGUUGGAGGUGUUGGUGGGGGCGGUAUUUUUGUUCCCAUGCUCACCUUGAUUAUUGGAUUUGAUGCAAAAUCAUCCACAGCAAUUUCAAAAUUUAUGAUUACCGGUGCAGCAGCUUCAACAGUUUACUACAAUUUAAGGCUUAGGCAUCCUACACUUGAUAUGCCCAUCAUUGACUAUGACUUGGCACUCUUGUUUCAACCGGUAUUGGUGCUUGGAAUCAGCAUUGGUGUUACAUUAAAUGUGAUUUUGGCUGACUGGAUGAUCACAGUUCUUCUAAUUAUUCUCUUCAUAGGGACAUCAACCAAGGCUUUCUUAAAAGGUGUUGAAACAUGGAAAAAGGAAACCAUAAUUAAAAAGGAGGCUGCUAGACGUUUGUUAUCAAAUGGUGAUGAUAAUGAUGAAGUGGAAUACAAGCCUCUUGCUGGAGGCCCGAGCAAUGGCGCAGGACCAGAAUCAAAGGAGAAAAAAGAAGAGGUUUCUCUUUUUGAGAAUGUUCAAUGGAAGGAACUCGGAGUUCUCUUUGCUGUCUGGGUGAUUAUCCUUGCAUUGCAGAUCUCCAAGAAUUAUACAUCAACUUGCUCAGCAGCAUAUUGGGUUCUCAACAUAUUGCAGUUUCCAGUUGCUCUUGGAGUUAGUGUCUAUCAGGCAGUUAACUUGUACAAAGGACGGAGGAAGAUUAAAUCCAAGGGAGAGGCCGGCACAAAUUUAAAAGUACACCAGUUGGUUCUUUAUUGCUGCUGUGGAGUAUUGGCUGGUGUAGUUGGUGGGUUGCUUGGUCUUGGUGGAGGAUUCAUUUUGGGGCCACUUUUUCUGGAAUUGGGAGUCCCUGCACAGGUUUCAAGUGCCACAGCCACAUUUGCCAUGACAUUUUCUGCUUCCAUGUCAGUCGUCGAGUACUAUCUCUUAAAACGUUUUCCAAUUCCUUACGCUUUAUACUUUGUUUCUGUGUCCACCGUCGCGGCCUUUGUAGGGCAGCACGUUGUAAGAAGGCUUAUCAGUAUAUUAGGGAGAGCAUCUAUAAUUAUCUUCAUUUUGGCAUUCACAAUAUUUGUGAGUGCAAUAUCCCUAGGUGGAGUUGGCAUAGCAAAUAUGGUAGAGAAGAUUGAGAAUCAUCAGUACAUGGGAUUUGAGAACCUCUGUACCUAUGAAUCCUAGGCUUGCUUUUAUUUAACCAUUAUUUUUCUUUACAUUCAAAUUUCUCAUAUGUCAAUUUGUGAAUCCCAGGAUGUUGGCCAAUCAAUGCAAACUAUCCUGGUGUGAAUAAUGGUUAGCUUGUGCCAAAUUUUUAUGUUUCACAUGUACACCACUCAUGGCCUGAGCUUUGGAUAUUUUAUCACUAGAAAUUUAAUCUGUUGUAGUUCGCAAAUGCAUAAAUUCAUUAUUGUAUUUGGCAAAAUAAAAUCUUAUCACCUCUACAAUUUUUA